CAUGGCUGCGGCGGGCAGUUCGUUCGCUGUAUCAAGUGCAAGUACACAUGGACUCGGAAGGACAAGGGCAUGUGCCACGCGUGCGGGCCCAAACUGGAGCUCAAGCAGACGCCGCGGGCUAAGCCAACUGGUGCAUGGGCUGCGGACGACAAGGGCGACUCCGACUGGAAGACCUCGGACCAGUGGCCCAAGCCGCAAGGUGGGCGCCGUCGUCGCUGGACCAAGCCGACGGCCGAGGCAGAGUCCCAGACGGGCGCCGACUCGCUGCUGGCGCCCCUCGAUGAGACGCUCACGGGUGAGAACCGUGAGGCGCUGGCACAGUUCAUGGGAUAG